AUGAUGAUGAUGAUGAUGGAGUUGCUCCCUCUGCCACUGCCGGUGGGUUUCAAUUUCAUGGGCUGCGUGCGGGCGGCGGCGCCGUUGGUGGCGGCGGCGGUGGCCUUGUACUUUUUUGUGGAGCAGCUGUCGUACCAACGCAAGAAGGGGGUCCUCCCAGGCCCCUCCUUGGUCCUGCCCUUCCUCGGCAGCAUCGUCCCCAUGAUCCGCGACCCCACCGGGUUCUGGGAGGUGCAGGCGGCGCGGGCCAGGGACUCCGGCGCCGGGCUGGCUGCCGACUUCCUGGUCGGCCGCUUCAUCCUCUUCGUCCGCGACUCGGAGCUGUCCCACCGCGUCUUCGCCAACGUCCGCCCCGACGCCUUCCACUUCGUCGGCCACCCCUUCGGCAAGAAGCUCUUCGGCGAGCACAACUUCAUCUACCUCUUCGGCGACGAGCACAAGGACCUGCGCCGCCGGAUGGCGCCCACCUUCACGCCGCGCGCCCUCUCCACCUACGCCGCCAUCCAGCAGCGCAUCGUCCUCGCCCACAUCCGCAGGCUGCUCGACCACACGUCUCCUACGACCCCGGUGCCCAUACGGGUUCCCUGCCGCGACAUGAACCUGGAGACCUCGCAGACGGUCUUCGUGGGCCCCUACCUCACCGAGGAGGCGAGGGCGAGGUUCGGCGAGGACUACGCCAUCUUCAACGUGGGCGUCAUCGCGCUGCCCGUUGACCUGCCCGGCUUCGCGUUCCGGCGCGCGAGGCUGGCCGUGGGGCGGCUGGUGCGCACGCUCGCGGAGUGCGUCGGCCAGAGCAAGGCGCGGAUGCGCGCCGGCGGCGAGCCGGAGUGCCUGGUCGACUACUGGAUGCAGGGCCUGGUGAAGGAGAUGGACGAGGCCGCGGCGGCGGGGCGGCCGCUUCCCAAGCACACCGCGGACGAGGACCUCGGGGGCUACCUGUUCGACUUCCUCUUCGCGGCCCAGGACGCGUCCACCUCCUCGCUCUGCUGGGCCGUGGCCGCCCUGGGGUCCCACCCUGACGUGGUGGCCCGCAUGCGCGCCGAGGUGUCGGCGGUGUGGUCGCCGGAGUCAGGGGAGCCCAUCACGGCGGACAAGUUCGUGCAGCUCAGGUACACCCACGCGGUGGCGCGCGAGGUGGUCCGGUACCGGCCACCGGCGACGCUGGUGCCGCACAUCGCCGCGGAGGCGUUCCAGCUGACGGAGUGGUACACGGUGCCCAAGGGCGCCAUCGUGUUCCCGUCGGUGUACGAGUCGUCGUUCCAGGGGUUCACGGAGGCGGAGGCGUUCGACCCGGACCGCUUCUUCUCGGAGGCGCGGCGGGAGGACGAGGCCUUCAAGCGCAACUUCCUGGCCUUCGGCGCCGGCGCGCACCAGUGCAUAGGCCAGCGCUACGCCCUCAACCACCUCGCCCUCUUCCUCGCGCUCUUCGUCUCCGUCGUCGACUUCAAGCGCCACACCACCCACGGCUGCGACGAGCCGGUCUACAUGCCCACCAUCGUGCCCAAGGAUGACUGCACCGUCUACCUCCACCAGCGUUGCUCCUCCUUCUCCUUCUGA